AUGUCCCAUUCCGCGUUGGGCAUCGCGGAGACUCUCCAGAGCGCCUCCCUCAAACGUCAUCCAUCCCCAGCACACGACAUCAACCCAGCCACCGCUGCAUCGGACAAGGAACUCUACGAAGCCGCUCAUUCAGAUACAGCCAGCAUCCCGUCAGAUAUUGUCGACCGGCCGCCCCUGCGCCCAGUCCCGCGUCGACCGAAUCUGCCGCCCCUGCCAGACCUGAGGUUCGAGCAGAGCUAUCUGGCUAGUCUGAAGGGGGCCGAGACAUGGCAACGUAUAGCUUGGAUUACCAUUAGGGAUCAGGAUGGCGGUUCUGGAAUCGCAAUACCCAGCUUCAAGGCACUACGCUCGGCACACGGCUGCGACGGUGGUGGUAUGAAGUGA